AAUACUGAAAAUAACCUGAAUGUGACUCUUCAAUUCUACGCGGUGAUGAAGCAGACCCUAUAGCCAGUAGGACACUCUCUUCUAAGUAUUAUCUACUCUUGAUGCCACACAUUCAUUAUCUGACGUCAUAGAAGGCCGUUACCUCCAAUUAAAAUGGCAGCCAAAGCAGCAGACUAUCAACCAGUGAAGAGGGAGAAUCACUCCACUGUACGGGUAGGAGACUACCUGUACAUGUGGGGUGGGGCCCAGCCUGGUCUCCCUGAGGUACAUAAUAAUGAAGAGAAGAAAUCAAUGUGUUCUGUGAUGGAGGUGUGUCACCUAAGGACUGGUAGGUGGGAGCAGAAACCCACCACUGGUAACCCUCCACUGGGUGUUAGGGGCUAUGCAGCUGCUACCAUUGGAAGGGAAAUAUUUUAUUUCGGAGGCCAUUGUAAUCAUGAUGACUGUUAUCAUAAUAGUUUAUACAGUUUUAAUGUUGAUACCUUCAAUUGGAAGGAACUCUCUCCUACUACAUCUCAUCAUGGUCCUAUGAUGAAGCACCACUGUGGCAUGAUAGCAAUAAAAGUGAACGGUGAGGACUAUCUUGUUGUAAUUGGAGGAUGGGCACCAUCUUUUGAUAAUACACCCAAACAACCUGGUGCCCAGUACAGUGAGGCUAAAGGAAUAGCUUCUAGUCGGCAACGAUGCAAUGAGAUCCAUUUCUAUAAACUCUCAACAGGUCAGAGCACAUACAGUUUAUAUUAAUAUAAUGAAGUAUUGUUAUUUGGUGGUUCUCCACUCAGACUGGUUGCAU